UUGACGUCCUCGGGAGGCGACUCAUUUUUGUACUCAAAACCAGCGGCCCACAGAAACGAGAGAGGCGAUCGAUCGAGGGACGGCGGCGAUGGCGGACAGCUCGGAUUCCUCGCCCAUGGGGUUCCUGUGGAGGCACUACGAGGAGGUGAAGGAGCACUGGAGGAGCAACUUCUCCUUCUUGGACUACUACAAGAAAACCUUGGGGCGCAAGGAGCCGCUCCCCAAGUGGACCGACGCCGACGUUGAGGAGUUCGUCGCUUCCGACCCCGUCUACGGUCCCCAGUUAAAGGCUAUAAGGGAAUCGAGGAAGUAUGCAAUUGGUGGAGCUCUAUUGGGUGCGGCUCAUUUAGGUGGUGUUUCCUUGGGAUACUCAAAGAGUCCACAUGGUUUUGUCUUGGCUACUGCAUUUGGAGCCCUCUGUGGUGGCGUCUUUGGACUAGAAGUUGCUGAACACUGGGGGCAACUCUACAAGAUCGAUAAGCAGGCAGCAAAUCUCAGGUUCCUCUACUGGUGGGAGGACAAAAUUUCAGGAAAGUAAAGCAACUGUCAUCUGGUUAGGUGUUUCGACUGGUCCUUGGCAUUGCCUGCAGUACUCGUAAUGGAAAAGAUCCCCACUUUUGUUUCUUAUCUUUUAGAAUAAAAUAGCAGCUGUGAUGAUUAAAUCCAGUUAAACAGACAUUUUGAGUUUGAACAAAAUGUGUUUCAUGAUCUUGGUGGUGUCCGGUUUCUUUCGCCGUCUUCCUAGAAAGUGUUCUUUGACACCUUGUGUAUCCAAGCUGUCAAAGAUAGUAAUUUUCAUUUUAUAUGCUAUGCCUGUGGGUUUAAGGGUUUUAUCUAUUCUAAGAUCAUAUAUCUUUUUAA